CGUCCGUGGGUCUGUGCGGACUGGCUCACCGCUUCACGACAUCAGGUUAACCAAUAUGCCCAAGUAUGUCGAACGCACCCCCACUAGACUUCCACGUGGCGAGGAAGAACAAAACCCGGUGCCGGUCUGCAUGCCUGCGCCGAUACCGCUGCCACAAACGUCGCCCAUGCUUUCCGAUGAGCAGAGACAUGUACUGGAGGCAGUAUGCAGGGGCGAAUCUGUCUUCUUCACCGGGCCUGCCGGCACAGGGAAAUCAGUCUUAUUGCGAGAAAUCAUCAAAACGCUAGAACCGUGCAACCCAUCUACAAUUGCUGUGACGGCGUCGACAGGCGUUGCCGGUCUCAACAUCGGUGGUUGCACUCUGCACUCGUUCGCGGGGAUCGGGCUCGGGAAGGCAUCCAAACAAAGUCUCGCACAGCGGAUCGCCAAGUCACUCAUGAAGCGGCAGAGAUGGAGAAACACCCGUACACUUGUCAUCGACGAAAUCUCGAUGAUCGACGGUGUCCUGUUCGAUAAACUUGAAUACAUUGCAAGAGAAGUGCGAGAAUGUCAGCGUCCCUUUGGUGGCAUCCAGCUGGUAAUCUCUGGAGACUUCUAUCAACUACCGCCGGUGCCCGAUCAAUCCCAUCGUCGACACUCGCCUUCUACUUAUGCUUUUGAUGCCAUAUCCUGGGCAGGCUGUGUAGGCACUCCAGUUGUCCUGUCCCAAGUGUUCCGCCAAAAGGAUGACGUCUUCGUGGACAUUCUAGCCUCCAUCCGAGUGGGGGCUCUGUCUGAUGACCAUAUACAGAAGUUGUCAGCACUAUCGCGCCCGUUGAUCUACGACGACGGGAUCGAGCCCAGCGAAUUAUUCCCCCUUCGAUGCGAUGUGGAACGCUGCAACCAGGAGAGAUUGGCUGCACUACCUGGGGAGACCGUGACCUACCGAGCUAUCGACGGUGCAGGGUUUGAUGUACUUGACAAGCGCAUAGAUCGCGAGAGCGCCCAACGGCUGCUUGAUCGUCUAGUAGCGCUGCCAUCCAUUGGACUGAAGGUAGGUGCCCAAGUCAUGCUGGUUCAGAAUGUUGUACCAGGCUCUCUAGUGAAUGGCAGUGUCGGAAUCGUCGAGGACUUCAUCACUACCAAACAAGCGGUGGAGCGUGGCAUCGCUGUCAUGGUCCCAAAAGAUGAACCAGCGCGACCAACUAAUCUCCAGGCCAUGAACGACGUCGUAUUUGCAAAGAAUCAGCCAUGGCCUCUUGUGUGUUUCACCCAAGAGUGCAGGAUGUUGUGUGCCCCAUUGUACUUCUCGAUCGAGGGGGUCAGAGGAAACUGCGAGGCGCAUCGAACUCAGGUGCCCUUGAUUCUGGCCUGGGCGCUAUCCAUCCACAAGAGCCAAGGCCAAACACUCCAGCGGGUCCGCGUCGAUCUCGACAGAGUAUUUGAAAAAGGACAGGCUUAUGUCGCUUUGUCACGAGCGACCUCCAUGGAACACCUCGAGAUCGCAAACUUGCAGCCGUCCAAGUCCGUGUUAGCCGCUGGAACGAAGUGUACAGAGCGACUGAUCGUAAACCGCAGAAUACAGGCGCAUCCUCGAGUGAUGGAAUGGGAAUCCACCUGGAUGUCGUACGACGAAGAGCCCGAGCCCGAACCAGCACACGCGCGGAGUGACGACUUGUAUGCUCAAUUCGAUGAUUUCGAUGAGGACUACUCUGGGAAUCUGAUAGGUUUAUAG